CAGACCGUAUAUGCUGCAGACACUGGAAAUUUCCGGCAGCACGUAAAGCCGCCGAUAGGUUGACACCUUCACGUAGUCUUGGCGAUGUUUGCGCUGCACAACACAAAACAACGAGGUCACGCCUUGUGGUGAACAAAAAGCUAUUUUUUUUUCCAUCAGCAGAGUCUUCGACUGCGUCGUCAUGGAGUUUUCUGAAGCUUUGCUGAAGUUUCAGCUGAACUGGCCUCACUUCUUUGCUGUGUUCUGUCUUGUCGUUGUUGUCUAUAAAUCAAGUGUUUUCGUUUUGAGAAAAAGGGAUGCGCAACGAAACGUUGAAGCUUUUCCAGGACCGAAACCAAGCUGGCUGUUCGGACAUGUGAUGCAGUUCAAACAAGAUGGGACAGACUUGGACAAGUUUGUGAAAUGGGGAGAACAGUAUCCUUAUGCUUUUCCGACCUGGUUUGGUCCCCUUGCUUGUUAUCUCAACAUUCACCAUCCAGAUUAUGCAAAGACUAUUCUGGUAUCAUCAGAGCCAAAAUGUGAUUUGGCAUACAAGUUUCUGGGGGCUUGGAUUGGAGAUGGAUUAUUGCUGUCAAAAGGUCAGAAGUGGUUUCGCCACCGAAGACUAUUGACUCCAGGUUUCCAUUAUGAGGUUUUGAAGCCAUAUGUGACACAGAUGGCAGAAUCUACUAAGGUUAUGCUGAACAAAUGGGAAAGUUUUGCAAAGACCAACAAGACUUUUGAAUUGUUUGAACAAGUGAGCCUUAUGACACUAGACAGCAUCAUGAAGUGUGCCUUCAGCUACAACAGUAACUGCCAGACAAAGGGUGGAACAAAUGCCUACAUCAAAGCAGUUUAUGAGCUCAGUCACCUCAAUAACUUUCGGUUCAGGACGUUUCCAUACCACAAUGACCUAAUUUUUUAUCUCAGUCCACAUGGUUUCAGAUACAGGAAAGCAGCCAGGGUGGCUCACAGUCAUACAAAUGAAGUCAUAAGAAAGAGAAAAGAAACUCUACAGGAAGUGAAUGAGCUCAGCCGCAUACAGGCCAAGAGAAACUUGGACUUCCUGGACAUUCUUCUCUUUGCAAGAGAUGAGCAGCAGCAAGGGCUGUCAGAUGAAGAUAUACGAGCAGAAGUAGACACCUUCAUGUUUGAGGGCCACGACACCACAGCCAGUGGCAUCUCUUUCGCCCUCUACUGUCUUGCCUGCAACCCGCAACACCAGAAGAUUUGCAGAGAUGAAAUCAAUGAAGUUCUGGGUGGCAAGGACACUAUGGACUGGGAGGAUCUCAGUAAAAUUCCAUACACUACGAUGUGUAUAAAAGAAUCCCUUCGUCUUUACCCUCCUGUGCCAGGAACAGCCAGAAGGAUUACCAAACCCAUGACCUUUUUUGAUGGAAGGACUUUGCCAGCAGGUUUCCGCAUUGGAAUAAGUGUGUUUGGAAUUCACAGAAAUGCAACUGUCUGGGAAAACCCUGAUGUCUUUGAUCCACUGCGUUUCCUCCCGGAGAAUGUUUCCAAGAGGUCACCUCACGCCUUUGUUCCCUUCGCAGCUGGGCCAAGAAACUGCAUUGGUCAAAACUUUGCGAUGAAUGAGAUGAAAGUGGCAAUUGCCCUGACACUGAAGCGCUACGAGCUGAUAGAGGAUCCCACUUUCAAACCCAAGAUCAUUACUAGACUGAUACUCCGCUCUCUCAAUGGCAUCCACAUCAAGAUCAAGCCUGUAAACCCAGUGGAGUAAUUAAAGAGAAACACGUGAUGCGACUGCUGAAAAUACAUUGUUCAGUUAGUGAUUAAUUUAGGUUGAUCUGAAGUAAUAGUAUAAUAGUAGUAAUAGUAAUAUCUACCGUUUAAGUUAGACAUGGAAUGUUACAGAUAAUUAGAAAUUGUAUUUUGUAUAUGUUCAGAAUCAAUUGCUUGUUGAAAAGUUGUAAUCUGCUACUAACCCUGAAACACUAUCUUACAGUGUUUCUCACGUUGCAUCAGAAAUAAAAUUCUCAAAACUG